AUGACUUCAGCUGCAUUUAUACAAGCAAUCGGGACACCCGGUGGUUGCGUUAGUAAUGCAGGCCUCAAUCAUGCUAAUGGGGUUGCUUCAUUUAGGUCAAUUUCAAAUGGUUGGGUGCUUCAUAUUAAAUGUUUGAGACAAAGAACUUCUUGCUCUGGAAUGAGAAGAUUCAGUGUGGUUCAAGGCUCAACUUCCGAGACUACAGUUUUUGAGUCAAUUUCGUCUCCAUCAAAUGGCACCAAGAAGAAAUCAAAUGAAGCUGCAUUAAUUUUAAUUAGGCAUGGUGAGUCUAUGUGGAACGAGAAAAACUUGUUCACAGGCUGUGUCGAUGUGCCUUUAACGAAUAAGGGGGUUGAGGAGGCUAUUGAAGCUGGCAAAAGAAUAAGCAAUAUACCAGUUGAUGUUAUCUACACUUCUGCACUUAUUCGUGCACAAAUGACUGCCAUGCUUGCCAUGACCGAGCACCGUCGCAAGAAGGUUCCAAUUAUCUUGCACGAUGAGAACGAGCAAGCAAGAGAAUGGAGCCAAAUCUUUAGUGAGGAAACUAAAAAGCAGUGUAUUCCAGUUAUUACAGCAUGGCAACUGAACGAAAGAAUGUAUGGGGAACUACAGGGCCUUAAUAAACAAGAAACGGCUGAUAGAUAUGGAAAAGAACAAGUUCACGUGUGGAGACGUAGUUAUGAUAUACCUCCGCCUAAUGGCGAGAGUUUGGAAAUGUGUGCUGAGAGAGCAGUUGCAUUCUUUAAAGAAUACAUCGAACCGCAGCUUGUAUCUGGUAAAAAUGUAAUGAUUGCGGCCCAUGGGAACUCACUGAGGUCCAUUAUUAUGUAUCUGGACAAGCUGACUUCUCAAGAGGUAAUUAGCUUGGAACUAUCAACUGGGAUACCGAUGCUUUACAUUUUCAACGAGGGAAGCUUUAUUCGUAGAGGUAGUCCCGUUGCACCAACUGAAACUGGUGUUUAUGCUUAUACUAAGAGGUUAGCUCAGUACAGGCAGAAGUUAGAUGAGAUGUUUCAAUCCUAG